CCGUGCAGUCGUCACUCCCUUCUAGGUAUCAGCUCCCCGCUGCCUUGCGCCUGGCGGGCUGGCACUGAGUCCGAGGAAAGCGGAGCAGAUUCCUGCUCCUUUCAUUGGAAGGGACAUGUCACCGUGGCAUUUACACAGAAAAUGUAGAUCGGUGUGGCACUGUUUUGUGGCGAGGCAAGGGAAGAAAGAGCGAAGAAAACUGCACGGGAUCUGUGGAGUUUUCCAGAUUCCCCUGUCUGAACACCUUGGUGAAAGAAAUGAUGGACUUUUGGGAGAAACCCUAGAAUCUUACAGGUCUUCUCAUAGGCCCACAGUAGGGCUGUUUACCAUUGGAAGCAAGGGAAAGGGGGAGACUGGCUUGGAACCAUGAAGGUUGGUGUGAAGAUCUGCCUGCAGGUCUGCUGUAGGGCUUGAGAUUACUGGAAGCAAAGAAACAAGGAGGAAAUUGCCUCUGAUCGGUAUAGACUGGUCCACCUCCAGUGGCAGCUGUAGUGGCCUCUAAGUGGCUGAAGACCAGCGCCCUCACAGGCCUACACCCAGACCUACUACCCUCUUUCCCCAUCCUGAUUGAGCUCCCCGUACCUUGUUCGUGCCUUCAGUAGGAGUGAUUACAUGGGUCGCAUUCAGGAAGUGGGUUGGGUGACUGCAGGAUUGGUGAUCUGGGCUGGUACCUGCUACUGCAUUCACAAAUUAACCAAAGGAAGAGCCCAGGGAGUGAGGAAACUUUCCAGAAAUGGGUCCAGAGUCAAGAUGGAGACUGUGGUUGGGGUACAGAACCAAACCUUGGCCAUGAGUGAAGCCAUGGCUGGAACAGAGACUGAGACUAGACCCAUGGCCAAGACUGGAGCAGAAACCAGAGCAGGAGGUAGGAUUGGGGUUGAAGUAGAGACUACCACCAUUGCUAAGGCGAACUCUCAGGCCAAGACAAUGGCUGAGGUAGAGGCAGAGAACCAGUCUGAGGCCAAAACAGUGUCCACAACAGUGGGCAUGAUAGAAGCAGUGACUCUGAAUGUGGCCCAGCUCAAAACUGGGGGAGUAGCCGUGAAAGAGGCAGUGACCCAAACUGACUCUGAGGCUGGGAGAGUAGUCAAGAAGGAGGCUGUGACCCAGACCAAGGCUAAAGCUUGGGCACUGGUUGCCAGGGCAGAAACCAAGAAGCAAAUAAUGACCCAGACAAAAGUGGAAGCUUGUUUACUGGCUGAAAAAGACACAAACAAAGUAAUGGUGACACAGAAUGAGGCCUUGGGAGUGACCAGGGAAGCAGCCAAGAUGGGUGCCAUAAAUAAGACUGGAAUUAUGGCUGAAACCAAGGCAAGAGCCCUGGAUGAGACUGUGAAUGUGGCCAAGACUCAGUCUGAGGCCAGGCCUGGUCACAUAGUUGAUGCUAAGGGAAAUCUUAAUACCAUGUCCAGGAAAGAAGCUGGAGUGGACAUGAAGUCCUGUGCACCAUCUCAGGCUGUGGCCAAGAUCCAGGUUGACAACAUGCCUGGUGCUGGGGUUGAGGCCAAGGGGAAUCACAAAACAGUGUCUCAGGCAGAGUUUAGGGCAGACAUGAGGGCUUCUGCUCAGCCUCAGAUUGUAGCCAAGACCCAGGCUGAGGCUAUGCUUGGGGUAAAGUUUGAUGCCGGGUGUAAUACCAAUGCUGUGUGUAAGGCAGGGGCAGGGGAAGAUAUGAGAGUUUCAACACAACCUCAGACUGUGGCCAAGAAACAGGCUGAAGCAAUGUUUGGGGCCAGGGAUGAUGACAGAGGAAAUACCAAUGUCACAUCUAAGACAAUGACUGGAGGUGACAUGAGGGCUGCUGCUCAACCUCAGGCUAUAGCCAGUGCUCAGGUUGAGCCUAUGCCUGAUGCCAGAGUUAAAGGUAGAGGCAAUUCCAAUGCUGUGUCUAAAACAGGGGUCAGGGCAAACUUGAGGACCAAUUCUCAGGCUGAGGCCUUGCUUGAUGCCAGGGUUAAGAUCAGAGACAAUCCCAAUACCAUGUCUAAGAUGCGGGCUGGGACAGACAUUGAGCUCUAUACACAGCCUCAUCCUAUGGCCAAUGUCCAGGUUGAUGCCUUGCCUGAUGGCAGGAUUAAGGCUAAAAGCAAUGUCAACACCAUGUCUAAGGAAGGGGGUGGGACAGACACAAAGGCACAGUCUCAGGCUUCUAACAAGAGCCAGGUUGAGGUUUUACCUGGUACUAGAGGUAAGGCUAGGGGAAAAGCCAAAAGCAAGUGUAAAGCAGAGGUGGGGAUAGAAAUGAAAACCUGUGCGCAGCCUCAGGUUGGCGUCAAGAUCCAAGCUGAUGCUUUACCUGAUGGCAGGGAUGAUCCUAAUGCCAUUUCUAGGUCAGGGACUAAGGCAGACCUGAGGGCCUGUGGUCAGCCUCAGACUAUGGCAAAUUCCCCGGGUGAGGCCUUGCCUGGUGCCAAGAAUAAGAUCUGGGGCAAUUCCAAUGCUAUAUCUAUGUCAGGGGCUGGACCAAAUACAAUGGGCUCUGCCCAGCUCCAUGGUAUGGCCAAUUUCCAGGAUGAUGCCUCACCUAAUACUAAGAAUAAAGUCAGGGGUAAUCCCAGUGCUAUGUUUAAAGCAGCAACCGGGCCAGAUUCAAUAUGUUCUGCCAAGCCUGAAACAGAUAAAACAGACUCUGCCCAGCCCCAGGCUGUGGCCAAUUCCCAUGGUGAAGUCUUGUCUGGUACUAAGAAUAAGGUCAGGGGCAAUCCCAAUGCUGUGUCUAAGACACCAGCUGGGCCAGGUGCAAUAGGCUCUGCCCAGCCUGAGGUAUCUAAUAUCCAAGAUGAAACCUUGCCCAGCACUAAGAAUAAGGUCAAGGGCAAGUCCAAUGCUGUGUCUAAGACAGGGGCUGGGCCAGAUACAGUGGGUUCUGCCCAGCUCCAGGCCGUGGCCAAUUCCCAGGGUGAAGCCUUUCCUGGUAUCAAGAAUAAGGCUAGGUGCAAGUCCAGUGGUGUGUCUAAGAUAGAGGCUGGGCCAGAUGCAGUGGACUGUGUCCAAUCUCAGGUUGUAACCAAUUCCCAAGGUGAAGUCUUGUUUGGUACUAAGAACAAAGCCAAGGGCAAUUCCAAUGCUGUGUCUAAAUCAGGCACUGGGCCAGAUACAGUGGGCUCUGCCCAGCUCCAGGCUGUGUACAAUGCCCAGGUCGAAGCCUUGUCUGGUACUAAGAACAAGGUCAGGGUCAAUCCCGGUGCUGUGUCUAAGGCAGAGGCUAGGGCAGAUGCAAUGGGCUGUGCCCAACCUCUAGCAGAUACAACAAGCUCUGCCCAGCGCCUCACUGUGGCCAAUUCCCAGUGUGAAAACCUAGUGUACCUGCCUGGUACUAAGAACAAGGUCAGGAUCAAUCCCAAUGCUGUGUCUAAAGCAGGGACUGGGCCAGAUAUAGUGGGUCCUUCCCAAUCUCAGAUUGUGGCCAAUUUCCAGGGUGAAGUCUUGCCUGGUACUAAGAACAAGGUUAGGGGAAAUUCCAAUGCUGGGUCUAAGACAGGGGCUGGGUCAGAUACAGUGGCCUCUGCCCAGCUCCAGGCUGUGGCCAAUUCCCAGGGUGAAGGCUUGUCUGGUCCUAAGAAUAAGGUCAGGGGAAAUCCCAGUGCUGUGUCUAAAGCAGAGAAUGGGUCACAUAUAGUGGGUUCUGCUGAGCCUCAGAUUGUGGCCAAUUCCCAGGGUGAAGUCUUGCCUGGUACUAAGAACAAGGUCAGAGGAAAUUCCAAUGCUGGGUCUAAGACAGGGGCUGGGUCAGAUACAGUGGGCUCUGCUCAGCUCCAUGCUGUGGCCAAUUCCCAGUGUGAGGCCUUGCCUGGUAUCAAGCAUAAGGUCAAGGGCAAUCCCAGUGCUUUGUCUAAAGCUGAGACUGGGCCAGAUACAGCGGGCUCUGCCCAGCCCCAGGCUAUGGCUGAUUCUCAGUGUGAGGCUUUGCCUGGUGUGAAGAAUAAGGUCAGCAGCAAUCCCAAUGCCAUGUCUAAGGUAGAGGCCAGAGCAGAUAUAACAAGCCUUGCCCAGCCCCAGGCUGAGUCUGAUUCCCAAGGUGAAGCCUUUUCUGGUGUCAGGAGUAAGGUCCAAGGCAAUCUGAGUGCUCUGUCUAAAUCAGGCACUGAGCAAGAUAUAGUGGCCCCUGCCUGGCCCCAAGCUGUGACUAAUUCCCAGGAUGAAGCCUGGUCUGGUACUAAGAAUAAGGACAAGGGCAAUCCCAAUGCUGUAUCUAAGGCAGAGGCCACUGCAGAUAUAACAGGUUCUGCCUGGCCCCACGUGGUGGCCAAUACCCAGGGUGAAGCCUUGUCUGAUAUUAAGAACAAGGUCAGGGUCAAUAUCAACACUGUGUGUAAGGCAGAGGUCAGGGCAGAUACAACAGGAUCUUCCCAGACCCAAGCCAUGACCAAUUCCCAGGGUGAAGCUCCAACUUGCACUAAGAAUAAGGUCUGCGGCAAUCUUAGUUCUGUGUCUAAAGCAGGGAUUAGGCCAGAAACAAUGGGCUGUGCUCGGUCCCAGGCUGUGGCCAAUUCCCAAGGUGAAGCCUUGCUUAGUGUCAAGAAUAAGGUCAGAGGCAAUCCCAAUGUUGUGUCUAAGGUAGAGGACAGAGCAGAUACAACAAGCUUUACCCAGCCUCAGGCUGUGUCUGAUUCCCAAGGUGAAACCUUGCCUGGUGCUAGGAGUAAGAUCCAGGGCAAUCCCAGUGCUAUGUCUAAGGCAGGCACUGGGCCAGAUACAAUGUGUUCUGCUCAGCCUCAAACAGAUAUAAUAGACACUGCCCAACCCCAAGCCAAGUCUAAUUCUCAAGGUGAAUCCUUGUCUGGUGCCAGAAAUAAGGUCAGGGACAAUCCCAAUGUGGUAUUUAAGGCAGGGGCUGGGCAAGAUAGACGAGGCUCUCUUUCACCCCAAGCUGUGGCCAGUUCUCAGGGUGAGGCCUUGCUUGGUGCCAGGAGUAAGGUCAGGGGAAAUGCCAAUGCUGAGUCUAAGGUAGAGGCUGGGGCACAUAUGAUGGGCUCUGGCCAGCCUCAGUCUGUGGCUCAUUCCCAGAAUAAGAUCUUGCCUGGAGCAAAGGACAAGACUAUACCCAAGUCUGAGGCAAAAGUCACAGAAGAUGAGGGCUAUGUAAAACCUAAGACUGAAGCCAUGCUCACUUCUGAGAGUGGCGGUGGGACAGGCACUCAGGCCUGCAGAAAAAUUCAGCCUAGGGUCCAUGACUAUUACUGGAAUGGGAUUGGUAUUGAGGAUUGGAUUGCUUCUGAGCGAUGGAUAAAAUUUAGGUUUCAGGCCAGGGAUGGAUACUGGGAGAAUAGCAUGUCCUGGGCUGAUGAUGAGAAUGAAGCCAGUGUUGAAUCCUGGAGUGGGGCUAGUGAUAAGUCUGAUAUUAAGUCCUGGGCUGGGGCUAAGGCUGACAAUGAAGCUGGUUUUCCUUCCUGGGCUGCAGCUGGGGACCAGGCUUGUGGGGGGCUCUGGGGUGGGAGCCAGGCCAGUGAAGAGUCCUGGGCUGGGAACAAGGCCAGUGGGGGUUCUUUGUCAGAGGUUGGGGACAUAGCCAUUGGAGGGUCUUGGAUUGGGGUUGAGAACCAGGCCAGUGUGGGAUCUUGGGCUAGUACUGGGAACCAGGCUAUUGGUGAGCCCUGGGCUGGAAGUCAGGCCAGUGGGGUGUCCUGGGCUGGGAAAGAUGCCAUUGGAGGGUCCUGGACUAGAGCUGAGGAACAGGACAGUGGAAGGUCCCAGGAUGGGGCUAGGAUUCAGGCUAAUGGAGGGUCUUGGGCUGAAACUAGAGCUGGGAAUGUGGCUAGCAUUGGGUACUGGGCUGAGGAUAUGGACAAAGCUAGUGGAGGGUACUGGAUUGGGAACAGUGAUCUGUCUGCUGGAUCCAAGCCUAGAUUUGAGGAUCAAGCCAGUGGAAAUAUGUCCUGGUCUGUGGCUGGUGGCCAGUCCAGUGGAGGGUCUAGGCUCAGGCCUGAGGAUCAGUCUGGUAGAAAGUCCUGGGCUGGCACUGCAGACCAAGCCAGUGGAGGGGCCAAAAUGAGGCCUGUGGACCAGUCUGGGGGUGGGUCCUGGGCUAGGGCUGGGGAACAGGCCAACAAAGGGUCUAGGCCAGGGUUUGUGGACCAGUCGAGUAAUGGGUCCUGGGCUAGCACUGGCAGUCAGGUCAUUGGAGGAUUCUUGGUUGGGACUGUGGACCAGGCCAGUGGGAAUUCCUGGGCUGGGACUGGUGAUCGGUCUGGUGGUGAGUCCAAGCCUAGAUUUGAGGAUCUGGUAAAUGAAGAAGAGUCUUUGGCUAGGGCUGUUGGCCAGGCUGGUGGAGGGCCAAGGUUGGGGCCUGAGGACCAGUCCAGCAGAAGGUCCUGGGCUGACUCUGAGGACCAAGCCAGUGGAGGGUUCUUGGUUGAAGCUGUGGACCAGGGCGAUGGAGGGUCCUGGGCUGCACCUGGGGAUCAGGCUGGUUGUGGGGCAAAGCCUAGAUUUGAAGAGCAGACAAGUGGAAGAGGGUCUUGGGCUGACAAUGGGGGCCAGGCUGGUAGAGGGUCUAGGCUAGGUCCCAGGGACCAGUCAUUUGGAGAUUCCUGGGCUGGCACUGGGGACCAGGCCAGUGAAGAAUCCAGGCCAAGGCCUAAAGACCAGUCCAAUGGAUGGUUCUGUGCUUGCAGUGGGAGUCAUGCUAAUGCAAGAGGGUCCUCGGGUGGGGCUUGUGGCCAGGCUGUUGGAAGAUCUAGACUAGGGCCUACGAACCCAUCCAGUGGUGGGUCCUGGGCUGAUACAGGGAGUCGGGUCAGUGGAGGGUCUUGGGUUGUGGCUGGAGAUAUGGCUAGUAGCUGUCCCAAACCUGGAUUUGAGGAUGCCAGUGGAAGAGGGUUCUGGUCUGGUGCUAAGGACCAGAUUGUUGAAGGGUCUAAUACAGGGUCUGCAGACCAAUCUAGUGGUGGGCCCUGGGCUGGCACUGAGAGUCAGGCCAGUGGAAGGUCCUGGGCUGGGGCUGGGGAUCAGGCUGAUAGCUGUUCCAAACCUGGAUUUGAGGACCUGGCCAGUGGGGAAGUCUCUGAGGCUGGCACUGGGGAUCAGGCUAGUGGAAAAUCUUGCCCUGGGUUGAGGCAUGGUAAUGAGGCCAGUAGAGGAUCUAGGCUGGGGCCUGAGGACCAGGCAAGUGGAGGAUCCUGGGCUAGGGCUGAUGACCAGGCCAGUGGAAGACCACAGGUCAGUGCUGAGAUGGAGGCCAAUGAAAGAUCCUGGUUUGGGACUAGAGGCGAGAUUUCUACAGGGUCCUGGUUCAGGAGAGGGCAAGAGGCUGCUGGUAUUGCGUCCAAACUUGGAGGUAAAAAUGAGGCCAGUAUUGAAUCCAGAUCAAGGGCUGAAGAAGAGGCCAAUAUUGAGUCCUGGACCAGAUCUGAAGAGGCAGCCCAUGUGGAUUCCUGUGUGGGAGCUGGGGCUGGGGCAGAGGCCAGGAAGGAGUCUUGGCUCUGGGAUGGAGAUGCAGCCACUACAGGGUCUAGGCUUGGGGGUGAGGAAGAGGCUUGCAUGGGGUCCUGGUCUUUGACUGAGGAUGUAGAUGAGGAUGAGCUAAGUAGAGUGUCCAGCCCUGAUAUUGAGGAAAUCAGUUUAAGGUCCUUGUUUUGGGCUGAUACUGAGAAGAGUAAUGAGUUCAGAUCCAAGAGUGAGAGAGAUGUCUAUAAGGCCAGUGCCAAGGAUAACCUUGAGGCUUCUGGUGGAAUUGAUGUAAGGUCUUGGUUCUGGCAUGGUAAUGAAAACAGAAGUGAGGACAAAUCUGCACUUAAGACUAAAGCCAAAAAGUCAAUUGAGUCAAGAGGCACAUAUCCAUCCAUGGUCCCUGGGGCAGGAAUGGGGUCAUGGGCGGGAGCCAUGAUCUGGACGGAAAUGAAAUUUCCAUACCAAAAUGAGUCCUGCUUCUCACCUGAAGAUGAAAUCAGAAAGAUAAGGUGUGAGGAGAAAACUCAUCCCUGGACCUGUCGCUGUAAACGCGAAGCUAAUAUGGAUCCACGAGAGCUUGAAAAACUUAUUUGCAUGAUUGAGAUGACUGAAGAUCCUUCUAUUCAUGAAAUAGCCAAUAAUGCUCUAUAUAACAGUCCUGAUUAUCCAUUUUCCCAUGAAGUCAUUCGUAAUGCAGGUAGAAUAUCAAUUAUUGAAAGCUUGCUCAAUAAUCCCUAUCCCAGUGUUAGGCAGAAGGCUUUAAAUGCACUGAAUAACAUCUCAGUGGCUGCUGAAAAUCAUAGGAAGGUGAAAACAUACUUAAACCAAGUAUGUGAAGACACAGUGACCUAUCCCUUGAAUUCAAAUGUGCAGCUGGCUGGACUAAGAUUGAUAAAGCAUUUGACUGUUAUUAGUGAAUAUCAGCAUAUGGUUACAAAUUAUAUUUCAGAAUUUCUUCGUUUGUUAACUGUGGGAAGUGGAGAAACCAAAGACCAUAUUUUGGGAAUGCUUUUGAAUUUCUCUAAAAAUCCAUCUAUGACAAAAGACUUACUCAUUGCCAAUGCACCAACAUCACUGAUUAAUAUCUUUAACAAGAAAGAGACAAAAGAGAAUAUUCUUAAUGCUCUUUCACUAUUUGAAAAUAUAAAUUACCAUUUUAAAAGAAGAGCAAAAGUAUUUACCCAGGACAAGUUCAGUAAAAAUUCCCUUUACUUCAUAUUUCAACGACCUAAAGCAUGUGCCAAGAAACUUCGAGUCUUAGCAGCAGAAUACAGUGACCCUGAGGUGAAAGAAAGAGUUGAGCUAUUAUUAAGUAAACUCUGAUUAGUUAUAUGUUUCCAAACAAAUCUGAGUAAUAUUUUGGUUUUGCUGCCUGGAGGUAAUGCACAUUGUAAAUUGCAUUAUAACUUUGAAACUGAUGUUACUUAUGAUGGUCUAUAGCUGGAUCACUUUAUGAACACCAAACGAAUUCAAACUUGUACUGAAAAUACAUGUGUUGAUUAUUACCUUGUCUGCAUCAAGAUAUUUUUAGUAUGCUUCAUGAGCAGAAACUGACCUGAUUUUUCAUAAGUAAGGUAAUUUUUGGUCCUUUGUGUGGACUUAUGUUUAUACAUUUGAGGCUUUAUUUUUAUGUCAUCAAUAAAGUUGUGUGUUAUAAGCAGAAAAAAAGAGACA